AUGAGUGUAGAGCCACCACGACGGCUUUUGCCGAUGCUGCUGCUGCUGCUGCCGUUGUUGCUGCUCUUGAUCGGCAGCAGCGUCGGCAACAACAGCAGCAGCAGCAGCACGAGCACCGGCAUAGUUUUCACAGCCACUGCUCAGGAGCUUCGAGGAUCUUCUACGCUCGCAGCAGUGGGGGCACCGCCUCGUCGUCUACAAGCUGGCGUCAGUGUCAACGAGCAGGAUAAAGCGCAGAAAGGGUUUAUCAUCAUUUGGAUGAGCAUCACUUUGGUGUUUGUUGUGAUCCUCGGUAUUUGGAUAACGGUCAAAAUCGCAGAUGUAACUGACCCUCUGUUGCACACCAAAUUCGUGUCUGCCCGCUAG